AUGGGGCUGACUUUGACGGGCACGUACAACACCAGACAGCUACAGAUUGUCAUCAUCAACAGCAUCCUCGUUGUAUUGUCAAUUUCAGCUGUUUCUCAGAGAGUCUGGGCACGCAGGUUACAAGGCCUGAAUCUUUUCAUAGAAGACUACCUGAGCAUUGUCGCUCUGGCCUUGGCUCUUGCAGUUAAUGCACUUCUCUUCCAGAGUCUUCACGCUGGCGUUGGGGAACAUGUCGAUACACUUUCCGCUGCUACUGUUCAGGAAUAUUCCUUGAACCUCUAUGUGAUGCAGCUGUUCUGGAAUACAUGCCUUCCGGUCAUUAAGCUGUCUAUCGUCCUAUUCUACCAGCGCAUCUUUCCAGUUCCUUCCAUGAUAUUUGCGUGCCGCUCAGUCAUGUUAUUUUUGGCUGCGUGGUACGUUGCAUUUCAAACAACUGCCAUCUUCCAAUGUAUCCCCCUACAUCACGAGUGGCAGAAGAAGACCACUAAGGGGCACUGCAUAGACUUUGUCCCUUUUGUGACCACACUAGCUGCGACCAACUUGUGCACCGACGUCCUUUUGUUGGUUUUGCCCACACGAGAGAUCUGGAAACUCCAAAUACCCUGGGCUAGGAAGAUAGGUUUGUCGAUUAUAUUUACUCUGGGUGUCAUGUACGAUGUCUGCAGCGCAGCUUUUCAGAAUGUCUGCGCCAUCUCGAUUGUGCGCCUCGAAAACCUGAUUGCAAUCAGUGAUUCGGAUAUCACUUGGUCAGAUACAUACUCCCACCUUUGGACUGCGAUCGAGAGCAGUCUCGGGGUGGUGGUAUCCUGCCUGCCCAGCUUGAUGCCAAUUGUGCGCCUAAUCAGGGACAGGAAAUUGCGGCGCAGCGGAAAAUCCUUUAGUCGUCCACAGGAUGGCUCAUCUUCCUACCCGAGUUACGUGCGACCACCGUACGAGCUGUCAAAGCUGCCAAAUCAUGUUACCUCGGGAGCGAGUCGGACAAGGCGUCGGUCAGGAAGUAGUCGCUCGGACUUAAUCCAGAAAGCUGUUGGGGAUAUUGAGAUCGUCACUGAAAUUAAUCAAGAGGUGGAGUCGGCCAGUCAAUGUGGCUUUGAGACUUAG